UGUACUUACCUACUACUUUGUGUUUGUUGUAAUUCGUAGAUUUUUAAAUAAAUUAUUAAUUUUAUCUGGUGCAUGUUAUUUCUAUUGAUCUGAUUAAAAUGUCGUUAGAGUCAUCAUUAAGGGAAAUUUGUGCUAAUUUAACAUCUAUUCGAGCUACUGAGAGAAAAAAGAGUGCGGAAACUUUGAAAGAUAUGUUGAGUAGAUCCGCAGUUCCUAGUUUACUAACGGAUAAUACCAGGAAAAAGUCCGGGUAUUCUUGGAAUCAUCUAUUCGGUGAUAUAAAUGACUUCAUUAUUAAGGAGUCCGAAAAGUAUGAAACAAACAAAAAUUUUUAUGCAAUUCUUGGUCUCUCUACAAGUCUUUUAAAUCUAUGUGUUUCUGGAGCAAAUAAAGGAUCAACAUAUAUCAAAUGUGAUAGUAUUGUGGUAGCAUGCUUUAAUAUUUUUAAUGAUAAUCGUUUGAGAAAAGCUGUUGGAGAUGCAUACUACACUUUGCUGUACAAACAUGUGUUAAAUAUAGAUCAUUAUAUUGGUUUUAUGUCACCAGCUUCAUGGGAGAGUCUCUUGGACACCUGUAUUAACUUAUGUCUCACAAAUACAUCACAGUUGGACAACUUAACAAAGCUAAAGCUUUUAUGGCUUGUCCUCAAAAAAUCCUCUGGAAAUUGUCAAUUGAUAUUACCUCUCAGAGAUUCUCUAGUGGGGCUCAAGAAAUGUUUACUAAGAGUAGAGCAAGACAAAAAAGUUCAAGAUUAUGUAAUGGAAAUAACUUUCUUGCUUCUUGAAGUGUUAUCACCAGAAUGCCGUAAAUAUGUGUGUGAAUUCUCAGAAAGUAUAUUACCAAGUAUUUUCAAGUUUUAUGAGCAGAGCAUGGAUACCAAAAAGAAGCUACUUCUGUUUCGAAUACUGCAUGUCGCAAUAUCGGUUCACCAUCCAUUAGGAAAGUUGUCGUCUGAAGAGGGUAGCAUGGCUAACAAUUGGGUUGAUUGGAAUAAAUGCAAGCUGAGUAUCUUAGAAAUCGUUUGUCUUGAAAUGAGCUUCGUGCACAGAUCAACUAAACAAAGUGCUUAUUAUGCAACUCAAUACUGCGAUAGUUUUUAUGUGGUAUCAGCCCUGAUUUACUACCAGGUAUUCAAUGAGGAUAUGCAACAUCGAAUUGAUGAAAUCAGUGAAAAUGCACCUAAAAGGCAGAAGCGCAGUUUUAAUAAGCUAAAGUCGUUCAAAGAUUUAGUAGAAGAACUGCGGUCACAGCACGAACCAAUAGUCGGUAUUAUAUAUGUGUAUUUAAAACACUUUGAUGGAUCUGUAUCAACUACAGAUUAUGUUGAAUUAAUAAAAGUUGCCGAACUAUUGAUACAAAAUCAGAAUUCGAAUAUUAAUUGGAAUGAAUUUAGUGGAAUGGUGUGCCUUGCUAUUGAAUGCUUAACAAAACGCAGAUAUGACACUCAAAGCGACGAACAUUUGAUAGCUUUGUGGAAUGCAUGUGUUAGAAAUGCAGGCCAGCUCAACAGCGCGCAUCAAGCAAUGCAUAAAAUUUUGACAUUACUUUUGAAAUUGAACAUCUUGAAUUACUCAAAUGUUCAACCUCUUCUAAAUUAUUAUUUGAAAGAAGGCAUGGCGGUCAACAACUACACUCUAGAUACAUUAAUCCAUGUGUAUGAUAAGUAUUAUAGUAGGAUAUGUUACGUCGAUAAGAGACUUAAGCUGGUCACAUGGAUGACUCAAGUGAGGGGAUCUGAUGUUGAUAAUACACUCAUGAGAGAUUUUUUCAUGAAAUUAAUUUCAAAUGAAAACUUUGAUCUUAAUGAAAAGGACUUACAGGAUAAUAAGGAUAGUUUAUAUGACCUAUUGUUCAACAGCAUUGAAAAAAAUAUCUUGUAUACCAAUUUUCAAUACGACCUACAGGAAGAUAAAAAAAUUAAAAAACAAACAGAAAACAGUGUAUUUGAAAUAAACAAAGAUGUGAAUAAAAUGAUUAUAAACUAUUUGCAUGAGAGAUUAACUGAAAUUUCGGUAUUAGAGAGUAAAGUUGAGAUUGCAAAGCAUAUUAGUCUCAUUUUGUUAUUUUACAAUUCUUUAUUAGCUUAUAAAAUAGUGACAGUCGAUGAUUUAGUGUCUACAGAUUUCUAUUUUUGUGUAACAAAUGCCUUGAAGAAUCUAUUUACAAAUCUUACUCGGACACUACGAUCUGAUAUUCAAAUUCCAGACAAAAUCGCAUUACUAAAAGAAAUUCAAGUGAUAUUUUCCUUGAAAUUAUGCAGUUUCAUCAAUAAAAUUGUUCGGUCAUGUGUAGAAGAAGAUUGUUUCCAUAGCAUUAAUGAAAUACUCAAGAAGACCAUUGUUGAUGAUGAGGAUCAAGAAAUGUACGAUGAAGAUAUAGAACUAGGACUACCAGGUCUCAGACAUCAAUGUGUAUAUUUCCUAGCUUCCUAUUGUUCUUACGGUCACAAUUACACAGAUGAAAUAGUGAAAUGUAUUCUUGAUGCAGAUAUUUAUAAUUUUAAUCAUUCUUAUGAUGUGGAAUGUAUUUUUCGGUGUAUAAAUAUGGUGAUUCAAUUUGAUGAGCAGAAUCAAUAUCUAGAUUUAGUGUUCGAACUUUUACAAACAAUGUGCAGAAUGCUAUUCAGAAAUUCUGAAGCUAGCUUGGAGCUCUUGAAAAUUUUACUAAAACUUGUGGAUGUAAUUUGGUUAAGAGAAAAUGAUGUCAUGCGUCAGAACUGCAUAAUCAUGGUGAAGGGUUAUCUGAAUAGAUGUGUGAAAUUGUUUUAUCCGCCGCAUGUUGCCGUCUUGGUAUACGAAUGUGUGGCGCGUAUUGUCCAACUAGACUGCGAAGACACAAUGGACCUCAAUACGUCCUUUAGACAUAUAAUUAAGGAAAGACUGACGGAUAAUAUACUGAGUAUUAGAACAUACUGCUGCUACUUAGUUAAGUAUAUCUACAGUGACAUGAAUGAACAGGACGUUGAAGACAUAGCGGAAUACUUGAAGGACAUUUUUGUAGUGAACGUGUCCAGCAACAAUGAAGAUAUACUGAAAGACGAAAGAUUGAAUAGAACCCUGAGCGUGUUGCACAGUUUCAAUGCGCUAAUACAGCUUAAGGAGUCGAUGCUACACUAUGUAGUUUUGAAAAUAAUUUCAACUCAAAUCGAAAAAUCACUAAGCUGUCGAGUAGUUAAAAGAGUAUUAAACACAAUUACUGAUAAGACAGCUAAUAAAUGUUUUGAUGAUUAUAUUAAUGUUAAUAUGAAAAAUGUUUUAUACUUUUGGUUCCAUCAAGGUAAGAGUAUUGAUGGAUUCCCAUUUCAAUUGUUGGGAUAUAACAACGUGGAGGACAUAUUUUCGAAGCAAAUGAAAUGGCUCGUGGCCAGUGAAAUAUUGUGGUGUAAGGAUGGUUUCAUCGAGAAAAGUGACGCGAUUGGAUAUCUUGUUGCUAACGGCACAAAACGGAUGGAGGAUAUCAUAGAGAUGUGUUUUUGUUCCAUCAUAAUCCUGUGUCUGCCGUACAUUGUGAUCGAGAAAUACAAAUUAGAAGAUCAAAAGAGCACAAGUUUUAAGGCCGAAUUGGAAUGUUCGAGUCGCAUGUUCCAAUCUACUCGGAAAAUAUUAAAAAACGAUAAAUGGAGUAAUUUAUUUGUCGAGAAUAUGGGGGAGCUGAUAUUACUAGGAGCCUCACAUCUCUGUGAUUUUAAGGAAGCUAGAAAGGAGUUCAGUGAAAAAUUAAGUUUAAGAAGCCCGACGUACACAUAUUCGAAAACUGUUUUUGUUGCUAUACUUAAAUAUUUCGGCGAGCUUAUCGAUGGAAACAUAAUGGAGUAUUUAUGCGAAAAUCAGCCUUUAGUUAUUUUGAAUAUCCUUUUUAAACUCUGGGGAAACGUUGUCACCGAGAAUGUAUUGGAAUACAAAACACUAAACGUUCAUUCGUUCUUAACCUUUGUCGAGCAUAUUCCAAUAGGCUUCCAAUCCGAUAGAGUAUUGUUUAGUUUUGUUUGUAUGAGUAUAACGAACGCGAUCAAAGCUUCGCAAACAGAACGUGAGCUAGAUAUUUUCGUAAGCGCUCUAAAGAUCGUGCUCGACCUUCUAGCCACAAGACCGUCUGAAACUAUUUCAUCUCUGCGGAAGUCUGUUAUUUCAAGAGCGAUGUCGAUUUUGAGUAGCAAUAAUGUAGUAUCGGCAACGUCUUCAAGCAGAAAUCUACAUCACUGUUUCAUUGAAGACAGAAGUGGCGACGUCGUGGAUUACAUCGACCUGGUGAUGCUGAAACAGAAUGAGGACAGUUUGACCGUGUCAUCCACACAAUUCUUAGACAAGCUUUCGGCCUACAUUAAAAAUAUGUCUAUGCCAAACUUUGAUAUAUUAAACAACUUAAAAAUAUUUUUAAGAACAAAUAGUUGCAACGUUAACAACAUGUGUCGGAACUUGAAAAUCAAUGGUUUCUCUGAGGAAUGUUCAAACAGUUUGGUUCAUCGGAUUAUAUACGUACUCUGGACUGUACUUAAAACGGAAACGGAUGAAAAGAUCCAAAUUGAAGCAUGCAGUUGUUUAGCAGAAAUAGCCACAUACGAUUUAAAAACCCUGGUGACCGUGCCCCCCGCGAGCACCGACAGAGUACAAGAGCUGACACCCAGACAGUACUUCACAUAUAUAACGCUAUGGUCUUUAUCGAGCGCUCUGUUUGAUGAGAACCCAAGUAUAAGUAUUAAAGUUGCCAAGGGAGUCAAUCGCUUAUUAAAAUUUCGGGACAGUGAAUUAACUUUAGAUUUGGACGACAUUAAUAAAGAAAUGAUCCAGCCAUUGGCUCCGUCAAGUUGUGAGAUUUUUGCCGAGUACACAAUUGACAGUUCUAAGUUCAAUUUGUACAACAGAUUGGACUCUUGGGUUCCAAAGAACAGCGAACAACAUUUGCAGUGGAUCGCUCGGAUAACUACAUCUCUGUUGGACGUCAUUGCUGGGGCCAAUAAUUUUGCGGCGGCUGUCAGUGCUGUCUGUGGCUUGAAGCCAAACGUUUGUGUGAAAAUCUUACCGUCUGUGUUGGGAAUCGUACUGGAGACAAAGACGGACAUCCAUAUGCAAGUUAUCAGCGAGCAAAUCAAUCACUUUUUCAAGUUCAUCUGGGACAUGACGUUUGACGACAAACUCGAGAACACCGAGGACGGCACUGGAACACGCCUCACCAGUAAACUGAAUUAUAAUCAUAAAACUAUAAUUCACUACGUGCUCAAUGUUGUUGAUUUCAUCAGACUGCAGGCGAAACACUACAAGGCCAGGAGGACGCGCUCGGAAACAUUAAACUAUCUUCAUUUAGAUUACAACAAAGUAGCGUGGGCGGCAGCUCUGGCGGACUUAAACCUUGUCGCAAUUUACUACGGCGAACUCUGGGCGUCUGCUGAGAACAAUAAUGUCCCUCCUGCUUCCCCAGACGCCACCACCAAUUUGGACGGCGGUUGUCACUUACAGCGCAUUUUCAGAGGGUGUUUUGUCUCGAUCGGAGAGAUAGACGCAGUAGAAGGGUGCGGCACCGCGCACUUGACAAGUGAAGAAGAGAAGAGAAAACAUCUCAUAAACACGGGACAGUUCGCCGACGCGUUACUCUUGCACGACAUAGCUCUGUCGUCUGCAGCGAUGGACCACGAGCUGCAGUACGGCGCUGUCACGUCGCUGCACAGAUCCGGGAUGCAUCAUCUUGCUCUCCAGUACAUCAAGUCUUGCCCAGACCACGAACAUCUGAAUGAUGUUAAAUACGACUGCCUUUCGUAUCUGGGUGAUUGGAGCGAAUUCGUCGAUACACGUGAAUUGGCAGAAAGAUCAAAGUUGACUACAAAUAUAAACUCCGCGACCAGAAUGUUCCGGUACGCUUGUCUAAAGGAUUGCCUAAACAUAGUUCCAGUAGGAGAAUUUAAACAGAAACUAGACAUUCCUUUAAAUCAAGCCAAGCAAACUAUAGCUAGAUUAUGUCGAAGCUUAAAUAUGGAAAACAGUCAAUGCUUUUACAAAAUUAUAGCCAACUUGCACCUGUUUCGUGAUAUUGACAAAUAUUUCGCUGUAAGAUGUGAAAAGGCACUGUUGACUCAAUUAAUUGACGACUGGCGGAUAGAAAACUUACCGCCUUACAAGGAUUUUAAACAUCUCGAAGCUUUGAUCUCGCAGCGCAGUUUGAUACUUCAGCAUGCAGCUGAGAAUUAUAGGCUGUUUUCCGCUGAUAUUAUUAGCUUACAGUUGCAAUAUGCAGAAUUAGGAUUGUCCAAUCACAGAGUGCAGCUGGCUCAGCGUCUAGUUUCCAUGGUUAAGAAGUUCCAGACGUCCAAAGAGAUCAUAUUACUGGAAAGUAAAAUAGCGUGGCACAAAGGUCAUAAAGAUAUCGCCCUGUCAUUGUUACAUGAGAAUGUCGUCAACCAAUCACAAAAUGUUAAAUUAACAGCUAUGUCUUUGAGGCAGUAUGGGUUGUGGAUGGCGGAGUGUAAGCGAGAAAACGCGAGAGACAUCAUAGAAAAGUACCUCGAGAAGAGUCUGAACGCUUUGGGAGAUCGGGAGCAUGUGCAAACGAGGCUCAAAGUGUACUUCGAUAUCGCCAAGUUUGCUGAUGCUGAGUAUAAGCAGGUGGUAGCCUACAUGAAUUCGACGACGUUUGAAAACAAAGUCAAGUGUACAGAGAACAUGAAGGGAACAGCGGCCUCACUAAAAUCAUCACAUAAUGCGCUCACUAAGGAUGAAAAACGAGCAUUAUUAGCAAACAAUGCAUUCAGAGAGUUGGAUGAGGCUGAAAUCGAGAACACCAGAGCAGAGAAACUAAAUUUUUUGAAGUUAGCUCUGAGGUACUACCUGUUAUCGUUGAAACAGAGUGAUGAGAACAACCUGUCUGUGUUUCGUGUGAUAUCUCUCUGGUUCGAGAACCAUUUGCUAAAUUUGGAGGAUGCAAAUGGCCUGGGGGAGCUGCUGCAGACGAUACCUUCGUGGAAGUAUGUCGCCGUGCUGCCUCAAAUAGCGCCCCGCCUGUCGCAGGAUGACACACCGUUCGCAAAACAUCUGAGAGACAUUAUCAAGAGAUGUGCCGAAGAGCAUCCCCACCACACGUUACCCAUACUGUUCAAUCUCAAGAACUCCGAUAAAGAUCAGAAGUGUCGCAACCCGAACAGGUCAUCAGUUACUCCGACAGGACAAGAACCCAGAGUAGUCGCUGCUGCAUCGCUGGUCGCACAGCUUGCCAGCGAAGGCUUGGAUCGAGUCGUGUCGCAUAUGGAACAACUGUGUGAUGCAACAAUAAACUUUGCGUACUUUGUGCCGACGUCAAAAGAUAUUGGCAAACCGUUGCCCAUACCGAGGACAGAAGGAAUAUCCAAGCUUCAAGAUUUGAACACAAUUCCUGUGCCCACGGACACUGUUGCUAUUAGAAAGGACUGCGAUUACUCUCGACUAGCCACGUUUGCAUCAUUUAACACUUAUUAUGAACUAGUUGGCGGAAUAAAUUUCCCAAAGAAGAUAUCGUGUCUUAGUUCUGAUGGCAGGAAAAGAAUUCUGUUGAUAAAGGGAGAAGAUGACUUAAGGCAAGACGCGGUGAUGCAGCAAGUCUUCAAUAUAGUGAACACUCUCCUGCAGAAUGACCCAGUCACUCACCGGAAUAAACUCCUUAUUCGGACUUACAAGGUAGUGGCGUUGUCCCGCAGAAGCGGCGUUCUGGAGUGGUGCGAGGGAACGAUGCCUCUCGGUGCUUACCUGAUGCAGGCUCACACUUACUACAGGCCUCAGGACAUAACGCCGACUGCUGCGCGUCACCGGCUCAAGGAGUGCCACGACAACAGGAAGUCCAACAAACACAAGCUGAUGGUGUUCAACGAGAUCCUGCGCGUGUUCCGCCCGGUGUUGCACUACUUCUUCACCGAGCACUACGGAGACCCCGUCACAUGGUACGAGCGCCGUCUCGCCUACACCAGGAGUGUGGCGACGUCGUCGAUGGUCGGGUACAUAAUGGGGCUGGGAGACCGGCAUGUGCAGAACAUAUUGAUCGACAAGACGACGGCACAAGUGAUACACAUUGAUUUUGGUAUUGCGUUCGAUCAAGGCAAGACGUUACCCACGCCGGAGACGAUCCCGUUCCGCCUCACGCAGGACAUCAUAGCCGGGUUCGGUUGCUGCGGCGUCGAAGGUAUAUUUAGAAGAUGUAGCGAGAAGACAUUGCAGUUACUUCGUGACAACCAAGAGACUCUGUUGGCUAUAUUGGAAGUAUUGUUGUGUGAUCCUCUAUAUCUGUGGAUCGUACCGAACGCCGCCGCGUCUUCUAAGUCCAACAGCCCGAGCAACAGCGACAGCAGCGGGCUGGCGCGGCGGGCGCUCUGGGCAGUGAGCAGCAAGCUGUGCGGCGCGGGGCGGGGCGGGGGGGGCGCCGUCUCGGUGCGGGGGCAGGUGGCGCGGCUGGUGCGGGAGGCCACGGACCGCACCAACCUGAGCCGCCUGUUCCACGGCUGGCAGCCCUACCUCUAGCGUGCAAUGGCAUCAUAGAGUCCGUCUCAUGAAACAAGUACCGCGGCAUUUAAUGGAACUAAUUAAGUUUUAUGCUUUUGUGUGUAACAAUUUAAUAAAACAAUUAAAAUAAAUGCUAUAAUUGUAAUUUUUGGGAAGUCAACAUCGGUAGAGAUCAAAGAGUAUAUAUUCACGAGGCUAGCAGAUUAUCUUCGUAUGACUGCAGCGCCGCGUCUGCGAGACUUCUUUUGUGAAACGGACUCUACAAUUUUUGUACAACUUUCCGCCAUUAAUUCAAUCUGUUUAUUUGAUUACUUUAAUUUGUUUUGAUACUAUUUUAAAUUAUAUUAAUUAAAUAAUAUUAUUGUCAUAAUUAUAAGUUCUUAUUAUUUAAUUACACUUAAUGUUUUAUAUAAA